AUUGAAUAACCUGGUCAAAAUAAAAAUUGUUGAAAUUUUCAACAGAAAAAUGACUAAAUCGAUACAAAAAUCAAUCAUCAUCAUUAUGAUGAUGAUGAUUGAAAUUUUAGCUGCAACCAACAUCAAUACAACCAUUAUCAACACUGCCACCACUGCCACCACCAUCAAAACAAUUACCACCGAUAUUGAUCCAGAUAUUAAACAAUUAAUGCGAAUACGUACAAUCGAAUCAGAUGAUGAUACUGAUGAAAAUAUUCAAUCUUUACCAUCAUCAUCUUUAUCAACGAUAAAAUCGACAACAACAACAUCUACAACAACGACAACAACAAUGAAACCAAAACCAUCAAGAGCAUCACCAUUUUUAACAAAUUUAACAAGAUUAAAUAACCGUAAUCAAUCUUCAACAACAUCGACUUCAUCAUCAAAAUGGGCUAAUCAAUCAUUAGAAUCGGCAUUGAAUAAAGAUAGAAAUCAAUCGAUAACAUCGACAACAACUACAGUACCAAGAAAAUCAAAAUUUAAAUCAACAAAUAAUAAACGUAUUGAUCGAAAUCAAUCGCAACAACAACAACAAGAAUCAACAGAAAUAGUUUCAAAAGAAAAAGUUUAUAAAACACCACCAAUGUUGAAACAAAUUCAUGAUUAUUUAAUUGUUGUUUUAUUAGUAUCUGUUAUGUUUGCAAUGGGAUGUUCAAUUACAUGGGAACAGGUAUGGGGACAUGUACGAAAACCAAUCGGUGUUAUAAUUGGAAUGAUAUCACAAUUUGUAUUAUUACCUGCAUGUGCAUAUUUCCUGAUUGUUAUUUUUCAGAUUGAUCCAUUACAUGCAACAGGAUUAUUAAUAUUAGCAUGUUCACCUGGUGGUGUUACAUCGAAUGUUUUUGCAUAUUUUUGUGAAGGUGAUCUUUCAUUAAGUGUAACAAUGACAUCAUUUUCAACUGUUGUUGCAUUAAUUAUGAUGCCAUUUAAUGUAUGGCUUUAUGGACGAAAUCUUGAAACUGAAACAUUAGUAAUACCAUAUGGUAAAAUGACAAUAUCAUUAUUAACAUUAACAACACCGGUUGCAAUCGGUAUGUUGGUUAAUUGGAAAUUAUCGAAAAUUGCACCAAUUCUUACACGAAUUGGAUCGAUUGCUGGUUUUGGUAUUAUUAUUGUUUGUCAAACAUUAGAAGUAUUUAUAUUUCCCGAUAUAUUUAAUGAUGUACCGGCUGUUUUAUAUGCAGCAGAAUUUCUACUACCAAUAUUGGGAUUAACAUUAGGAUUUUUUGCUGCAUCAUUAUUCCGGUUAUCAUUUGCUGUACGACGUACAAUUGCAAUUGAAGCCGGUAUACAAAAUGUUGGUACUGCAUUGACCAUUAUUACAUUAUCAUUUCCAUUUGAGCAAUUACGAAAAGUAUGGCUAUUUCCAUUUCUGUAUGCAUUUUCAAUGUUAGCAAUAUGUUGUAUUGUUGCUGUUUUAUAUCAGCUACAAAAACGUUUUACAAAUAAAACAAAAUCAUUAGAUAUAAUGGAUCAUCCAAAAAUUCGUAAAUUACAACAACAACAAUUAAAAUUACAAAAACAACAACAACAAAUACAACAACAAUAUCAACAACAAAUACAACAACAACAAUUAGGUUAUCCGGCAAAAACUAUUGAUAAAAAUAUUCCUGGAUCAUCAACAUCAUCAUAUGGAAUGACUAAAGUUUGAUCGGGAAAAUUUCUUCAUUCUUUUUCGGAAAUUAUUUAUUUAACUGACUGGACUGAUUGACGCACAGAAACCAAAACACAUUUUGACGGCGAAAAAUUUGACAAAAUCAUCAAAUACAGAGACACACAGAAACACUGGUGAAAUCAAAAACCAAAACAACAAAAAAUUUAUUUAAAAAUUUCAUUUCUUUUUUUUAUAUAAUAAAUAUCUAUGUAACAUUUUACUUUGUUUCGUUGAAAAAUCA